AAAGGUGGUGGUAUGUGCGGUACGCUGCUGUGCUGCGGUGAACACGAAACAUCGGCGGGAGAAGACAACGACGACGUGCGAUAUUGGCAAAAUUCAGGAUCCCUUGCCACUCCGGCGGCGGCGGCGGCGACGGCGGCACGGCGGUGAUGGUGAUGAACCUUAACCUGACAACUUCGUUGUCAACUGAGAAUAUGCCUAAAGGUUUUUAGUGGCCUGUCAACAGUGCAGUAAAAGGGAUAGUUUUGCAAUGGGGUUAUUCGGGGUGCAUAGAAUAUUCGAUGAUUUCGUUUAAUGAAUGAAGUAAAUAUAAACGUGAGUGUUGCGUGAGAAGAAUACAUAUUUCAACGAGAAGAAAUUCAUAAUUUGAUAUGUGGUCCUCAAUUGCGGACAUGUCGCGAGACGAGUGUAGAAAGUGUUUGAGAUGUCUGGAACUCGAUGCUUAUGGAAAUAUGGUCUCUGUGCUAAGAGCCCAAGGACCUUAUACAGAGGAAAAACGAAAAUUACUCGGAGAACUUGCCAAUAUUCUUCACAUAUCCAAUGAGAGACACAGGGCUGAAAUUCGCAGAGCUGUCAAUGAUGAAAAAUUGUCGGUCAUUGCUGAUCAAUUGAAUGGUCCGAAUACAUAUACAGAUUGGGCUAUCGAAGGUCGUCGGACAAUUCCUAUCUUGCCAAGGCUGAAAGCCCAUACGGCAUUCACAGGCUUGGCCAACAGUUUGUCUCUCGUUAUAGCUGCUGCGAAUGAAAAGAAACUUUCAGCUCCUCACUGUGUCGAAGAUCCUAUAGCAGCAGUUAAAACUGAACCAGCAUCGCCAGAAAAUUCCAAAAAACACGAGUGCCCCAAGGUAGGAAAAACCGCAGUUUCACUAGGUGAAAUAAAAACAAGAGGCAGGAAAAGGAAAAGAUUGUCAUCUGUGUGUUUGAACAACGUGAAGUGUAAAAAAUCCGAAUCAAUGGAGACAGAGAUGGUCGAGACAGAACUGAGUACGAUUUCUCCGGUAGAAAAUCGAGCAGACUCACCGACAAGAAUCAUUGAUAAUGAGUUGUCGAAUGUUGUGCAAGUUUCGAUAGUAACACCAAGUUCGCCGAUAGACACAACGAUCAGUACCGAUAAUACUCUCCAAAUGUUAUCCACGGAAGUGGAUUCGCAUCACCACAAAUUUAUAACGAACUCGUUUGAUGAUCCCAGUUCCGAAGAAAGCAAUUCACCCGUGAAUAACUUAAUUUUAGAAAGUGAUAAUGAUAGGCAAGAUUUUGCAAAAGAUAUUAAUGGACGAGAAACAAUUAUUGCUCAAAGCGAGAUCGCAAAAAUUUUGGGACUGGAACAACCUAGUGAUGGUGAAUUUUUGGAAAAUGCACCGCCCGUGGAUGAAUCAACGAAAAUUUCUAGGCCCGACAGCACUACUUCUGGUACGCCUGGUCCCAAAAGAUUAAUCACUAACAAAUUGUGUGUUACAACGAAGCCAGUUAUCACGAGUAGCACCGUGUCCUGUCGCCUCGACUCACCAUCAAUGAUCCCAUCCAAGACCCGAACGUACAAAACAAUUUCUAUGGAAAAGCUCAAUCAUCACUCUGACACAAAAAUGGGUAUCACUUUGAAUUCUAGUAGAACAUUAAAAAUAAAUGCUCACCCGAACGCAAGACUGUCUAGCAAAGCGAACGUAAUAGUUGUUCAAAAAGGUUCGUCGAGGGGCGUGACACUUUCUCACGGUGGAAAGGAAGUUAAGGGCAAAGUCAUCAUGGGCGGAAAUAAUCUUUGCUUAGCGAAUCAAAAGGGUAAUACGUCCGUAACCCUGUUGCCGCAUCGAGGUAGCUCUUCGAAUAACGGUGAACGCACUUUGACGAGCUUGGCCUCGAAUCGCUGUGAAAAUAUUAAAUUAGGAGAUAAGACUGGCAAUAUGAUAAUGCUGGAUAUCCGACAAGACAUGUCGGACGAGAGUACGGUAUUGACCGAAUAUUUGGAAUCUGCGCAACUGUUAAAAUCGGAGGGGACACUAAUAAACCUAAAAAAUGCAACGAGCAUUGAAGACUUCCCAAAAAACCAUAACUGCGUAUUAGAAAAAGCAGUGCUUAAAAAAAACCCAGAAUUACCGGUGCUCAAUGGUUUGAGGGUGGAAUUGAGUGAAAAACUGGGAAAUUUGGAAGAAGAUUGUUCAACAAAUUUGUACUCGAUUGUUGACGGGUUGAAUUCUACGGAAAUAACUGGAAAUUCUGAAAAACUCGAGACCACAGAGAAUGAUAAUAUACCAGUGGAAGAAAUGUUGGAAACUACAACGGAGUUGUACAAUUGCGAAUCAGCCGAUGGAAUAAUAAUCGAAGAUCAGAUCGAAGAAUCGAUUGAGACAUCGGGAAUCGAUAUAUUUGGGGCGGCGCUCAAUGUCCCAGGAAUUAAUCUGGAAAAUCUUGAAUGCGUCAACGAUGAGGAACAAGAAAUUAUUGUCGAGACGAGUGACGAAAUCGUGGAAGCGGAAAAUCCGUUCCGCCAACAGACUGAAACGAUCGAUCGACCCGGUGAUUCGUAACAGCCGCUGUUCCAGAAUUUUCCAACUAUUUUCUCCAGUCCGCUAUUCCAUACCGAUCAACAAUAUUAUUACAUAUAUAUAUAUUUUAUACGUAUAAAAGUCUAAUGAGUUUGAGAACAUUUUUCAUCGAGUCUGCGAAUCGCGUAUUAUAAUUUAUCUACCAUGUUUGUUUGGUUAUUCGUACACUAUUUGUAAUUGGAAAGACGACUCUUCGAGAAACAAAAUAAUUCCAAUCCCAAUUAAUGGAACCUUGUCUGUGCCAAGAAUUUUCAAUUUAAUUAUUUUUUUACAAUCCAUCAAAUACAUGUCUGAAUUGUCUUGA